AUGGCUACUCAAGCUGCGCCCAGCGGCAACAACAGCAAUGCCACUUUCAGAGAUAAGGAGAAGCCGAUGGCGGUGCGGUCUUCCAACAUUGUCGCAGCCCGAGCCGUCGCAGAUGCUGUCCGAACCUCACUCGGUCCCCGCGGCAUGGACAAGAUGAUUCGCAGCGGGAAAGGCGAGACGAUUAUCACCAACGAUGGCCACACGAUGCUGAAGAGCAUGUCGGUCAUGCACCCCACAGCUAAGAUGCUGGUCAACUUGGCAGGAGCGCAGGAUAUCGAAGCCGGCGAUGGCACUACAUCAGUUGUUGUCAUCUGCGGCAGCUUGCUCGGCGCUGCUGAGCGUCUGCUCUCCAAGGGUAUUCACCCUUCCGUCAUCUCGGAUGCCUUCCAGCGUGCAGCUGCCGCCGCCGUCGAAGUCCUCCACGAUAUGUCGCAGCCAAUCUCGCUCAGCGACACUGCGUCCCUUCUCCAAGCCGCCAACACGUCCCUAUCUUCGAAGAUCGUUUCGCAGUACUCGAACCUCCUGGGCCCCAUGGCCGUCAACUCCGUCACCAAGACCAUCGACCUCAAGACCGCGGAGAACGUCGACCUAAGGAAUAUCCGCAUCAUCAAGAAAGUCGGUGGAACGAUCGAGGACAGUGAGCUGGUGGAGGGCCUGGUUCUGACGCAGCCCGUGCUCAAGAACGCCAACGGGCCGGUGAGGAUGGAGAAGGCAAAGAUUGGCCUGAUUCAAUUCCAGCUCAGCCCCCCCAAGCCCGACAUGGAGAACACAGUUCAGGUCAACGACUACCGCCAAAUGGACAAGAUUGUCAAGGAGGAGCGUCUUUACCUGCUGAACAUGGCCAAGAAGAUCAAGAAGGCUGGCUGCAACGUGCUGCUCAUCCAGAAGUCCAUUCUGCGUGACGCCGUCAACGAUCUUUCCCUGCACUUCCUCGCCAAGCUAGGCAUUCUCACAGUGAAGGAAAUUGAGCGCGACGAGGUUGAGUUCAUUUGCAAGUCUACUGGAUGCAAGCCUAUUGCCGAUGUCGACUCUUUCACUGCCGACAAGCUGGGAUCUGCUGACCUUGUCGAGGAGGUCCAGUCCAGCGGCAGCCGCAUGAUCAAGGUCAUGGGAGCCAAGGCUACCGGCAAGACCGUGUCGGUGGUGGUUCGUGGCGCCAACAACUUGAUCCUUGAGGAGGCUGAGCGCAGUCUCCACGAUGCUCUUUGCGUCGUCCGUUGCUUGGUGAAGAAGAAGGCCCUCAUUGCUGGUGGAGGUGCUCCCGAGAUUGAGAUUGCGGCGCAGCUCUCGAAGCAGGCUCGCAGUCUGACCGGAACUGAGGCGAUCUGCUGGAAGGCUUUCGCGGAUGCCAUGGAGGUUAUCCCUACCACACUGGCAGAGAACGCGGGAUUGAACAGCAUCAAGGUCGUCACCGACUUGAGACACCGUCACGAGAUGGGAGAGAAGAAUGCGGGAGUGAGCAUCAAGUCGGGAGGUGUCAACACCAACAUCUCCAAGGAGAACGUCUUGCAGCCCCUCCUGGUGAGCACAAGCGCCAUUGAGCUCGCCGCAGAGACUGUGAAGAUGAUUCUGAGGAUAGACGACAUUGCGUUGACAAGAUAG